UUCUUUUUCUCCUAACUUCCAGAACAAAUGAAUUAUACGUGGAAGUUGAAGUGAGCAGUGGCGUCGCCAUCGAUUUCGUGCCCACUGAAUAGAGGGAGUGAGGGGGAGAGAGAGAGAGAGAGAGAGAGAGAGAGAGAGAGAGAGAGAUGGCGGAGCUUACUGUGAUUUUGUACAUGCUUACGAUUUCUCUGUUCACGGCCACCGUCUCCGCCUCCCAGUGUUCAACCAACGGAUUUCCAUUAGUGAGGAACAUCAAUGAGCUACCACAAGAUAACUAUGGAAGACCUGGCUUAUCUCACAUAACUGUUGCAGGUUCCCUCAUGCAUGGGCUGAAAGAGGUUGAGAUAUGGCUUCAGACCUUUGCUCCAGGAGCACGCACACCGAUUCAUAGACAUUCAUGUGAGGAAGUUUUCAUAGUUUUAAAAGGGAGCGGCACUCUUUAUCUUUCCUCAAAUUCUCACUCAAAGUCCCCUGGAAAGCCUCAAGAGUUUAGUGUCUUUUCAAAUUCCACAUUUUACAUCCCUGUUAAUGAUGCUCACCAGCUUUGGAACACAAAUGACAAAGAAGAUUUGCAAGUUCUGGUUGUUAUAUCUCGUCCACCAGCUAAAAUAUUCAUGUAUGAUGAUUGGCUAAUGCCACACACUGCUGCAAGACUUAAUUACACAUUUGGUGAUACAGGUGCAUCAAUAGGUGUGCCCCCUCGAUGUGAUCAUCAAAAGAAACAUGUAUGCAGAAGGGAUACGACCUUGAGCUGCACGCCAUACAAAACACAACACCUUGAGUGGGACAAUUUUACACCAAUUGAUUAUAGGAAGUGUUGUAGAUUGUAG